UAAAGAAGGUUAAGGAUUUGAUAGAUGAGAAGAACAGAGAUUUGAUAUUUAACGCAUUACAAAGUGGAAUACCACUUUCCCUUUCUCAAAAGUGGAACACAGAUUUCAGCUUCUCUCAAAUCUCAUCAAUACAUAAUUAUUAUCAAAUGAUUCACUUUGUGCUUCUGAUUAGUAGACAAGGAAAAGUGAGGCUCACAAAAUGGUAUUCACCGUAUUCUCAAAAGGAAAGAUCCAAGGUAAUUAGAGAGUUAAGUGGCCUAGUUAUCUCUCGAGGCCCAAAGCUAUGCAACUUUGUGGAAUGGAGAGGACUCAAAGUUGUUUAUAAAAGAUAUGCUAGCCUUUACUUUUGCAUCUGCAAUGAUCAAGAAGACAAUGAAUUGGAGACUCUCUCCAUUAUUCAUCACUAUGUUGAGACAUUGGAUCGCUAUUUUGGCAGUGUUUGUGAGCUAGAUUUAAUCUUUAAUUUCCAUAAGGCAUAUUUCAUAUUGGAUGAAGUUUUGCUAGCUGGAAUGAUGCAAGAGACUAGCAAGAGAACAACUCUAAGACUCAUAGCUGCACAGGAGGAAUUAGUGGAAGCUGCAAAAGAAGAGGCCAGUUCAUUGAGUAAUAUAAUUGCACAGGCCACCAAAUAAGAAGAGCUUCAUUCAUUUUUUAUAAGAAUUUGUUCUAUAUAAAUCAUAAUAUAAAAUACUUUAUAAUAAUGAUUUUGUUACACAUUUGAUUUUUAAUUGAACCAUAAGGUGCAAAUUAACUCAUGUCACCGGAUUUAGUGAAAUAAGACUUUAUCAUUUUUGUAAAGAUCGGUAUUAUUUUUGUGUUAUGAAAAGAUCAGUAUAUCUA